AAGGGCCCCGUUAAGGAGAAACGCAAUACUGAAAGUAGAAUUAUCUGACAUUGCAUAACAAGUUGGCUUACAUUGAAACAUGGAGGAUCAACACGAUUUUCACUUCUUCUUGGGCAACGAUUCAACAUUUAGCCUUCAAUAUAAGGCGGAUUUCGAAAUAGAUGGCAACCUGUUCAUCUCCGCCGAACACUACAUUACCUACCAACAGGCUGUUCUAUCCAAUGACGACGCAAGUGCUAAAAAGAUUCUGUCCGUCAGUGACCACGAGAAACUGAAAGACAGUGGGAAAGGUAUUCAAAAUUUCAACCAGGAGGCUUGGCAGAACAGCAUGGAAACAGUUCUUGAACGCGCCAUCGAAGCCAAGUUCGAUCAGAAUCCCAAGCUUCAUGAAUCCCUGUUUGCCACACACCCUCAACUUUUGGUUGAGGCCACCCCGGGUAAUAAGAAGUGGGGUAUUGGACUAGCGAGCGACGAUGUCAGAGCUUGGGACAAGAGUACAUGGAAAGGAAGAAAUCUUUUGGGGUAUGCCUUGACUCGUGUCCGGGAUAAACUGAUGGCACAGCCGCGGAAACAUCAAGCGAAAGCGAAGGUACACGUGGCAAUUGAGAAAGAGGCAGAAGCAACAGCGGACUCCGAGAACAAGAAGAAAAAGAAGAAGAAGAAAAAGAAGAUGGCUCGUAUAGCGGAAGAGGGAGAAGUGGUGGCAGAGAGACAGACGGAAGGGGGCGUCAGAGCAGAGGAAGCGAAGAAUGGCGAUGUACGCCCUAAGCGAAAGUGGUUGAACGAAAAACAGGAUCAGGAUAAUAAGAAACGGGAAAAUGAACCAAUGGGAAGACGAGACAGCGAUUCAAGACGUCAGCUGGGAAACAGAGAAAAUGAACCAAUGGGUCCAAGGUUGACAAGGGAGAUUACACCUACAGAAACAUGCGGCAACGCGUCAACAAACGGCGCCCAGUUUAACCCCACGUAUAGAGACAAACGAUAUAUAGGAUCAUCCGGAAAAGACGAAUUGUUUUUAUUCUACGGUUUCAAGUCUCCAUUCAGUCACCAUCACGAAGCCUAUUUCAAGAUUGAUGGUGUGACAUUCAACUGUGGUGAACAGUACAUGAUGUAUCAGAAGGCGGUUACAUUCAAUGACAAAGACAUUGAGGCGAAAGUAUUGGCAACGGAUAAUCCCGCAGAACACAAGCGACUUGGAAGAAAGAUCGAAAAUUUUGACAUAAAAGUGUGGAAAGAGUGUUGUCAGCGGGUUGUUGAACGCGCAAACCGGGCCAAGUUUUCCCAGAAUCCGGAUUUGAAAAAGAAGCUGUUUAAAACACAUCCUAAACUGAUGGUUGAAGCGAGCCCCUCAGACCUUGUAUGGGGUAUUGGGCUUGACAGGGAGGACCCUCUGGCCUGGGACAUGAAGAACUGGAGAGGGAAGAACCAGCUUGGAUACAUAUUGACAUAUGUGAGGGACACGCUGAUGGAGGAGGAAAGGAACCAGAUGAAAUAGAAUAGAAAGGAACCGGAUGUAAUAGAAUAGUGGGAGGAAAGGAACCUGAUUUAGUGGAAUAGGGGAGGGGCGGUGGAGGUUUAAUAACCGGAUGUAAUGGAAUAGGGGGAGGGGGGAUAUACGAAAGUAAUGGAAUAGGGAGAGAGUGAACCAGAUGUAAUGGAAUAGGGUAGGGACUGAACCAGAUGUAAUGGAAUAGGGUAGGGACUGAAGCAGAUGUAAUAGGGUAGGGAGUGAACCAGAUGUAAUGGGAUAGGGGAGGGAGUGAACCAGAUGUAAUAGAAUUGGGGAGGGAGUGAACCAGAUGUAAUAGAAUGAGGGAGGGAGUGAACCAGAUGUAAUGGAAUGAGGGAGGGAGUGAACCAGAUGUAAUGGAAUAGGGGAGGGAAUGAACCAGAUGUAAUAGAAUUGGGGAGGGAGUGAACCAGAUGUAAUAGAAUGAGGGAGGGAGUGAACCAGAUGUAAUGGAAUGAGGGAGGGAGUGAACCAGAUGUAAUUGAAUAGGGGAGGGAGUGAACCAGAUGUAAUGGAAUAGGGGAGGGAAUGAACCAGAUGUAAUAGAAUAGGGAGGGAGUGAACCAGAUGUAAUAGAAUAGGAGAGGGAAUGAACCAGAUGUAAUGGAAUAGGGGAGGGAGUGAACCAGAUGUAAUG